AUUACGUCAUGGAAUUUGUUUAAGAACGUUUCAUCGAAUUCUCGGGAAGGUCGCCAUUUUUGAAGACGACAAGUAGGAGGCAUUUUUUCAGUUUCUUUGUUCAUAGUUGUCCUACGACCGAUAAAUCUUCACAUUCGAACCUGACAAUUGUUAAAUACAGAUGCGUCACUCAAAGCGAAUGCGCUCCCCAGGUGUCUGGCUUGAUGAAUACAGCUGGGAAGAGAGAAUGGAGUGUCAUAAGCGAAGGAGACAAGAAUCGCACAGCAGCGAAAGAGAAAAUAAAUCAAGAAGAACUCACCAUCACAACAAGACAUACGAGGGGCAUUACCUGGAGACCCGCAGUCUGAACCAGAGACUGGACUCUCGGGAAGGACACACUCUGGACCACAGUUUGGACAUGGCCUGUGACGACGGCAGUCAUGAAGGCACCUGCAAGGACAGAGACCGUGACUGGCACCACUACAGCAAGUCAUCUGGGCGUAGUGGACGCAGCAGGCGAAGCAGCCGUAGCCGCAAGCAAAGAGACAGAAGGCGUAGAUGUAGCCACUCUCGCCACAAGUCGCCCUCGAGGAGGAGCCAUCACCGCAGGAGCAGGAAAAGAUCCAGGAGUGUUGAGGAUGAUGACGAGGGUCACCUCAUCUAUCACAGUGGAGACAUGCUGAGAGCGAGAUAUGAGAUUGUGUGUACUCUAGGAGAGGGUGCCUUUGGGAAGGUCGUUGAAUGCAUUGAUCACUCAAAUGAUGGGGCUCGUGUGGCUCUGAAGAUCAUUAAAAACAUAGACCGCUACCGUGAGGCAGCUAUGUCUGAGGUAGAGGUGCUUGAACAGUUAAAGACCCUCGACUCUGAUAAGAAAUAUGCUUGUGUACACAUGCUGGACUGGUUUGACUACCACGGUCAUGUUUGUAUUGCUUUUGAGCUGCUUGGCCUCAGUACAUACGAUUUUCUCAAGGAAAACAACUUUCAGCCUUUCCCCAUUGAACACAUCAGACACAUGGCGUACCAGAUUAUUCGAGCUGUGCGAUUUCUGCAUAAAAACAAGCUGACUCACACUGAUUUGAAGCCUGAGAAUAUUCUCUUCAUAGAUUCAGACUAUGAUAUGGAAUACAACCGUGAAAUGAAACGAGAUGAACGAACCUUGAAAAACCCAGAUAUAAAAAUCGUUGACUUUGGUAACGCCACAUAUGAUCAUGAGCACCAUACCUCUGUGGUGUCGACUCGUCACUACCGAGCUCCUGAAGUAAUUUUAGAUUUGGGCUGGGACCAUUCCUGUGAUGUCUGGAGUGUCGGCUGUAUACUCAUUGAGUACUACCUUGGAUCUACACUUUUUCAGACACAUGACAGUAAAGAGCAUCUUGCUAUGAUGGAGAGAGUCCUUGGCCCCAUACCUACAAACCUCCUGGAGAAAACCAGGAAACGACGAUAUGUUCACCGAUGCAAACUAGACUGGGAUGCACACAGCUCUUCAGGGAGAUAUGUCAGGAAACACUGCAAACCUCUGAAGCAUUACAUGGCGUCUAAGGGUGACGACCACCAGCAGCUCUUUGACCUGAUAGGGAGGAUGAUGGAGUACGACCCAGCUAAGCGCCUCAGUCUGGAACAGGCCCUCAGACAUCCCUUCUUCUCCUGCUAUUAUAAGAGGAGCAGCAGUAAAAGCAGCAGUAGCAAAAAGGACUGAACUCCUGAACCUGUAAACCUCUGACCUGCACCCUUGGUCAGGGCCUGGCUGUCACCAUGACAUUUGUCACAGUACUUAUUGCCAGCCGCUACUUCGUGACUCUCCAAGGAGAGGUGAACCUUAACUGACUGUAUCAGUCCACUGCCCUGCUUUGCUGUGUCUUUCUUUAAUGUUUUUUUUUUUUUUGUUCAUGUUCUCUCUGUGCAUUGUGAAGUAGGUGAUGGGUUAUGGAACAGAUUGAGAAAUCCCUGCAUCAGUCUCACCAGUAAUUUAUUCAGUAUUGCAAAAAAAAAAAAAUUUAAAAAGCUUUUGUGGGCAGAAAAUACUUGUAUCUAGAGUUUGUUCAGGUAUUUUGUUUUUUCACUGACUCGUAAUGUAACUUUUGCAGUAUCAUCUAUUUUCAAUAAACGUGACAACAGAA